CGCCGGCCUGUCUGCAUCUCGUCGUAAGCACAGCCCGAUUGGGCGAUGCUAGUCACGCAUCAGGCGUCCCGCUUCGUUGACACUCAGCCACACAUUGUCUCACGGCAACGUCCUCUUAUCUCGUAGUCGCAGUCGCAGUCAAUAUCAUGUCUGUCAUGUCCUUUUCGAGGCACCGUUGCCAUAGAGCCCAUAAUGGUGUAUAGGGGACGUCCUUCGACGGGCUGCAAGAACUGCCGUGAGCGGAAGAUCAAGUGCGAUGAGACCCCCGGAGCAUGCGGCAAAUGUGAAAAGGCUAGGAUAAAAUGCCCUGGAUACGAUCGAAAUGUGGAUGUCUUCUUCCACGACGAGACGGCCAGGACCGAAGCCAAGGCGAAGAAGGCCAAAGCAAAGGCCAUUGCGCUGCGCGAUGCACGGCAUGCGAGUAGCAGAGCUUCCCCGAAUCCUUCAGAUGGGCUGAUCGCAUCACGUCUCGUGGCCCACGAUGCAUACACCGGUCCAGACUUUGCAAAGGAGUCGCCUGGUACCCUGCUUCUGGCGCCCUUGAUCGAUCAGGGCAUUGCUUACUUCAUGUCGCACUACGCCAUCGGUCUUGAUCAGCCUUCGAUUCAGUCUGGUGCCUACAACAAGCACCUGGCUACGGAUGGGUUUCAUCCUCUUGUUGCGACGUCGAUGACUGCACUUGGUCUAGCUGGUGUAGCAAACAUCUACCAGGAUACCGCACUCAAAGGCAAAGCUACAAGAUGGUAUCUCGACGCCAUCAAGAUGACGAAUAGCGCCUUGAUUCACCCCAAAGAAGUCACGUCCGAUACAACGUUGCUGGCCAUCACCCUGCUGGGCCUGUUCGAGGCUACCUCCAACGAGCACACUUUGCAUGCCUGGGGUGAGCACGUGGCCGGAGCCGCGUCGCUGGUCGAGAUGCGAGGCAUGAAUCAAUUCGCAUCGCCGACAGGCCGCCGCAUGUAUCUGCACGCCAUCGGACUCCUCACGACGAACUGCCUCGCUGAUGGCACUGCCUUGCCGGCAUAUGUGCAGGAAAUGAACGACGAGAUCAAGAAGCAUCACGACACCACGGAUCCGCGGAAUCGCUUCUUCUUCCUGCAGCAAGACGUUGUCAAUCUCCGAGCAGACAUCAUAGCGAGCCCUACGAUGCGCUUACCGAGCAUCCUCGACCGUGCCCUGGAGCUCGACGCUGUCGCAGAGACCGUCUUCGAGCACGCAGGGCCAGAAUGGGACUACCAGGUCAUCCCGCUGGCAUCUCCAACUCCCCACGUCUACGGGUUGACAUAUCACAUCUACCCCAGCCACGCCACGGCGCAGACCUGGAACUGGGUACGCUACACAAAAAUCUACAUCCACGACAUCAUCCGCAACACCAUACUCGCCGGCCUGGCGACGUCCCCGCCAGUCUUCACCGCCGCACACCACCUCCAGCAGCUCGCCAAAAGCAUCGCCGCGCUGCAGAAAAUCCAGUCUGACAUCCUGGCAAGCGCACCGCAGUUCCUACACGACGCACCCAAAUUCGCCCCGACAGACACACACCCUCCACCCUGCCCACCGUCCAGCAUCCACACAGACAACCCAUCCAUCUCCCCACCAUCUCCCACCCCCACACCCUUCCGCACCCCGCACAAACUCCUCUUCGCAAACUUCCGCUCCGAGCACAGCCCCAUCGACCCCCCGCUCGUCUGCGCUAGCGCGGACCGGCUCCCUAUCAUCCGCGUCUCCGGCGGGCACUCGACGAUCUGGGCGCUAUACGUAGCAGGCGCGAUGCCGAGCGCGGCGCGUCCCGCUCAAGAAUUCAUCAUCCGCUGUCUGGGCCGGUUCGAGCGCGAGUUUGGCAUCAUGCAGGCGCGAGUGCUGAAGGCGGCGUUGCGGGUCAAGAUGAGCAGCGAGGGAGAGGGGGGGGAGGGCGUCUGUCCGGGGUAUUUGCCGGGGGAGGGGGGGCCUUAUAUUGUGCGUGAGGCGAGGGGGGGUGGGAUGGUCUGAGACGUUGUUGUUGUUGUUGUUGCUGCUGCUGCUACAUCUGCCUGGUGAGAUUCACGACGGGGUCUACGAGUUGCUGCUUUUGCAUUGAAAGCCAAGCUGAUGACGUGCUGUUGCCGACUGAUCUCAAGCUCGGACAGUAGACAGACUUCAGAUACGGCGGAGGAACACUACGGCUCCUGUGAGGUUAGGACUAGGUAUCACCAGAGUAGCUAUCUCCGCUCCUAUUUCCGCUAGCGUUUGUCAUC